GUCAAACAUUUCAAUUCGAAAUUCAGCGAGUUGUUGCGUUUUUAGGUUAUAUUUGGUUGAAUAGCAAAUUAAAGUUGUUUUUCCUAUGUAAUUACUCAAAUUAACAAUGGCAUUUACGGUGGAAAGGGUGGUUUUUGCUUUUGCAUUGUGUUUAUGUAUGUGCCCAUGUGAAAGCGCCAAAAUAAACACACCGCGAGUUCUCUUGCCGUGGUUUGAUAAUUUGAAUGUUAAUUUUACUUUUGAGAUCAUCGAGGGGGGUUGUUAUACCUGGAGUUUGUCUCGCGAUGACAUCAUAGAUCUUGAACCUUUGUACGAAGAUGGAUGUUCGCGGGCUGCGCGUGUUACUGUGUCCAAGAGAUGCGUCGCGCCUGGCACGGUCAUUAUCCUGGCCGAGGAAAUCCACACUGGCGAGCUACUUCGUGGUGAUGUGGAUGUUGAUAAAAUCCAUUCUUUAAAAGUUAUGAGUACAACUAUGAAAUUGUAUUUGGAAGAGGCUCCUGAGGCAUUUGAAGUCAUAGCUUAUGAUGACAAAGGUAACAGAUUCUCUAGUUUGGAUGGAGUCAGUUUCACUUGGACUAUAGAGAAUGUAGGCAGCACCGCUGGAGAGGACAAUAUUGUGACUCUCGUCCGCUGGCGCGACACAGAUUACGAAGCGCCGCGCGGCAUCACAGAACUAGAGGCAGUUGGGCUCCGCGCCUAUAUCGUCCUGCUCUAUGGUCAGGCAAUGGGAGACGCGCGCGGGACCGUCUGCUUGGACGACAUAUGUACCGACUUCCAUUUGCAAGUGGUGGCCAGUGUUGUAUUGACUCCUGCUACAGCUUACAUCGCGCCUGGAGAUACGAUACGAUACAAGGUCGUAAGAAUGCGUGCCGGCCGUCUAACAGUUCAAGACGUCGGCGAUACUCUAUACAACAUGAUUGUUCCCGAUACAGGACUGGCAUAUUUAGAGGACAAAAUCAGCCUGGUCCGAGGAACCGAGGUCGGAAGCACCACUGUCACCUUGAUGUCUGGGUCUACAGAAGUGACCACUGCAACUUUAACGAUCGCUGAACCUCACAGCAUACGAGUGUCUUUACGACCGUCAAAACUUCUUAUAAGAGGAGAGGAUUUUGUCAUCCACUGCGUUGUAUUAGACAGAGACGGCCAUACUUUGUUCGCGGGACAAGAAACACUGAUUCGUUUGUCAGUGAACGGUGAAGCCAAUGUGGAAUUGCUCAGAUCUACGGAGAAUGGAACGAUUACCGACGCGGUCGCGCUUGAUGCCGGCCAGUUUAAAGUAACCGCUAAGCUGCAUUCGAUUGCAGGGAAGUUAUUGCAUAAGAAGGUUGAAGGAACUGUGACUGGAGUUGCUGUGGAUCCUUUGCAGAUAGUUCCACCGGAACUCUUUGUGGCUUGGACUGACACUAUUCAAGAGGUACCGCUAAAACACAUCGGCGGCGGUAACGAGUCAGUCAUUUGGUCGGUGAGCGAGAAGGCGACAACGAAUGCCAUCUCGCUCACACCCGCUGGCGUUGUGAGCGUCCGCGGCGAAGGCGAGCUCGAAGUUAAAGUGCAGUUGAAAAACUACCCGCACGUUCGUGCUUUUGGAAAAGUUUGGUCCAUCCCGCCCGAGUUGGUCCAAGUGUCCAGUUCUGGGCACGCGCGUGUGGGACGCCCGCACCAGCUACACAUAGCCCUGACGGCCACACACCCUGUUACUGGGGAAUACUAUAACUACCAUAGGUGCAACUGCGGGUCAUUCGCGGUGUCUCUUCUGGAAGGCCCCGAACCACAUAAUGUGACAUCCGCACAAUGGGUUGAGCCGGCAGAUGGUGCUUGCUGCGUGCUAGAGUGCGUAUACACAACGCGUGGUGUAUCCACGAUUCGCGUGUCCCGAGGCCGUGCAGGCGACACGACACGGGUUGCAGUGCGCGCUGCGCCUGCGUUGCUGUGGCCACACGCUGCCGCCGCGUUAGUUGGUGCUACUUUACCUGUGUUAGCAGAAGGCGAAGCCCUGGUCCCUCAGUCGAGCGAGCCCCGCAUAGUAGAGCUGUCGGGCCGCGAUGGACCGACGCCUCACCGCUACCCGGAUAUACAGCUGUUCACUCUGAAGUGCCGCAGGAAAGGCGACUCUCGCUUGGAGCUGGUUUCCCUCGCGGACGACGAGCGGGAAUCAGCAGACUUUGAAGCCGCGUGCGCGCCUUUCGUUUCGCGCGUACGACUCGAACCGUCCGAUACGCCCGGCAACUGUACUGGGGGACCUAGAGUAUGGCUGCGACCAGGGCACGAAGUGACAGUACGAGUGGUACUGCUAGACGCAAUCGGCAGGGAGUUGCUAGACGAGCGCGGGCCCAAAGCGACGUGGGAUCUUGAACCUCACCACCCGGGCAUAGAGUACAAAUCCACUGAUAGACUGCUUGUUGAAACUCACCCUGAUUAUGCGCCCGUGCCAGUGCCGUACAAGUAUUAUCAGUCGGUAGUCGCCGACGAGCAAGCCAUCGGUUGGACGGGCGCGCUCAAAAUAAGCAUCCCAGAAGCGACCGCCAGCAUCCAGGCUAGAGUGGUUGGACCGCUCAAGUGUGACCCGUUGAAGGUCAACGUAGCGUGGGAAGGAGAGACAGUAAACAACGUCAUUCUAGUGUCAGGCGGUAGCGGCCGUUACGCUGUGGACGCCCCGAAAGGAGUCUCAGCCACGGUGCUAGACGGGGCGUUGAGUGUCAACGUGCCCGGGCCCGGGUCAUACGAUCUGUUGAUAACGGACCUGUGUGUGCAGGGAGAGAAACAGUUCGUUGAGGUUCACGUAGAAGAAAUCCUCAGCGUAGAGGUAUCAACUUCACGAGCAGUUUGCGUCGGAGGCUGCGUGCCAAUUACCGCUCUAGUGAAGGGCGUGUCCCACCGAUACCUUACCACAAGCCACGCCCCCGAGUGGCGAGUGAGCGGCGACGUGCUAGUGAGAGACGGCACGAUCUGUGGGCUUAAAGAGGGAACAGGAAGGGUGCGAGCGUCUUUGGGCGGCGUGUGGAGUCCUGAAGUUGAGGUCCUAGUAUUCCCGCCUCUCCGUAUUAUUCCUGACACUGCACGACUGCCGCCCGGCGCCCGCCUACAGCUUCGUCACCAGGGCGGGCCGCCCGCCCAUCUUGCCUCGCUGCAUUACAGGGCCGUGGCCAAGCAUAAGUACAUUGAGGUGUCAUCAUCGGGCGCGGUCCAUGGCUUGUCUACGGGCACUGGUCGGGUGCGGCUCGUCGCCACGGAUAUCGCUCACGUGGAAAUGGCCAGUGCUGAGGCCGAAGUGGAGGUGAUCCCGAUAUCCGGUCUUCGAGUCCGCGCGGCGACCCAGAGUCUCUUAGUCGGGUCUCCAGGCCCCAUAUGGGUGGAAGCAAAUGGACUACCAGCUUCGGCGCUAGCGUCGCUGAUGCCGCUGCCCCGCCUCACGUGGUCUGUGCGGGACCCUACUUCUGCGAGGCUGUAUACUACACAUGCUGACGAUUUGCUGGAAAGAUCCGUGGCUGAGGGUCUGUCAGUUCGCGUUGUGCCUCUGAAACCAGGAGUCAUCACCAUCGACGUCAGAGUGCGGAAUAUGGGACAGGCAGCAGAAACAAGAUCCUGGGACAGUACCAUCGAGAUCCUCGGCAUAUCCGACAUUCGGGCUUCAGUAGAAGGUCUACCCAAAGAGCUGUCUUCAUCCGAACGCCUUGCAGUGGCUGUCGGCUCCACAUUGCGUCUCAAGUCCUUGCCAAGAGGCAAUUGGAACGCGUACCAAGAUGGCGCAUUUGAAAUCAGUGCCAAUGGGGAGUUGAAGGCUCUGAAACCUGGACACGGUGUUAUAGUGGCUCAGCAUAAGGAUGAGAGGAACAAUAUUUACAGAGAAACUGUCAUUCACGUAGAAGUAGCGAUACCCCACUACUGCACUGCGGAGCCGGCGGGAGACGCAGACGAAGUUGCAGUACGAUUGGUGAUGCGGAACUCUUUAGGACGCGAGCUAAUCGCGCCUCUCGCUAACGUCACAGCCUUAGCUCCGACGCUCGCUCACGUCAGGCGAGCGGCUGAUAGUGCCCUCGGCAACGAACUCCUCAUCACGCACUUGGAACCGGCGGGUGCCUUCGCGGCGUUCCAGGGUUCUGCGGGAGGCGUGACCGUCAAAGACGAAGUGUGGCUCGCUGGGAACGAAGCUCACCCAUCCAGGACUCUUGCGACCGGCGGCUGGGCGAUCUGCCUAGAAGGCGUGGGUUGGCGUGCGCCACCAGGCGUGAAUCUAUACGCCGGUAGCGGCGUGUCACUCGCAUUACUGUCUCGGGACCACGCCGCUAAGCAUGCCCUGCGGCUUGACAGGCCGCCGCUUACGGCUACUGUGCAACAGAUACCCUUUGACAAGAUGGAGUUCAUGCCGGGUGACUGGCCGUCAUCAAUGGUACCGCUCACGAUCGAAGCCUCGCUACUGAGUGGCGGUCCUUUACUCUGUUCAGAAGAACAAAGAUACGCCGUGGAUGGAGUCGAGGUGGACUUGCCUUAUGCGUGCCGGACCAAGGCGCCGCAUAUGGCUAAACCUGUGCUAGACAUUAUCAAUGGUCAACUCGGCUGCUCUAUCAUCCCAGCAGCGCCAAUCACAGAUGCGUCCGAAGUGGAGUUGUGCGCCGAAUGGGGCGUCGCCAGAACUUGCACCAAAGUCCUACUGCUCCCCCAAAUAUCCGUCUCCCAUUCCAAAGUCUCCCUCCUCAAACCCCCCACCACUUUCGCCGUCACCGGUCAUCCCCGAGCGCUGAAACUAGUCAAACUCACAACAUCACCUGGCUUGAAACUGGAUAUAACACACAAAGAUACAGAAAUCUUCGUUGUUGUCAAAAACGAAGCGUCUACUUGUGGCGUGGGCCUUGUCAACGUCAAAUCGAAGUUGACAGCGCAAGAGAUUCAGGUGGAGGUGGAGAGAGAAUGUGACGUCACCUGUGGGACUCUUUUGGGAGCGCUAUUCUCGAUACUGAUGCCGUAUUUGCCCUCUUUGAUGACCGUCGCUGCUAUUGCUGUGGCGUAUAUGUAUAUUCAAGCAAGACUGCAAAGAAAAUCACCGAUCCGGUUACCAAUGGAGCCGGUGCAAACCGUUCUGCCGGCCGAGACGACGCCCACGUUCAAUCGUUCCAGAACGUUCUCAAGAAGCCCAUUCGCGUCCAACGGGCCGUCAUCACCAGUUUACGGAGACGCGAGUAUGCUGCCACCAGAUAGCAGCUUCUCACCAAAUUCCACCAGAGUGCACUCGAGGUUUCUCUAACACAUUGUAACCGAAUUUGACGUGACUACACAUGUGACAAAAAGUGGUGAAGUGUAGAAUUAAAAUCAAACUGUGCUACUAGAAAUUUCUAGUUUAUGUCUGAAACAAUUUGAAGCAAAAAGCUGCUGAAAAGGCUUUGAAGCUUGUGUCCAAGAUCAGGGCCCCGAUUGCGCUAAAUAUUUUGACAAAUCGUAUCGUAUCACGGUGUCGUUUUGACAGCUACAAACGAAGUUGUAACGUAAACGAAGCGCAACUGCGCCUUUGAGUAAAAGCUGACAGAAAGCUAGCGUGUGAGAAAAAUCUCACACGCUAGUCAAACAAUUGCUGUGUUUUAGUUUAAGACUAAGGUGUUCGGACUUGUAAUGAAAAGUGCAUAAAUUCGUUAUUUCGUCUUUGUUUACGCGUGAACUUUAUCGCGAUACCGAAAUGUAGGUAUAUUAGCUGGAAUGAAAAUGGGGUGUGACUGGAAUUGAAACGCGAACGAAUUGGAGACAUUAGAAAUUAGCGCAAUCGGGGCGCAAGAAUGCGCUGAGAUGAGUUUAAAGGUUAAUUUUACUGCAUUAGUACUGUUACGCGACUUUAUGUCAACAUUUGGGUUCCAGUUUGCAUAAGGUCUUGUAUGGUCGUAACAAAUGUUUCCCUCUUAGUAUACUUUUUUUAUAUUACCUUUAUUGCUAUCCUAUUCUUAGGCCCCUAAUAGAUUAAAGACUGAUUGUUUCAAUUUCAAUAUUCAGACCAAUCACAAGCUUUGCAAUCUUUGCUUCAAUUUGGAUCGAAAAAUGCGAGCCUAAGUGUAUGCCUACAGUUGAGUAGCUACGUUUUA